AUGCCUGACCCGAUGACGUUACAAGAAGAAUCCGAUCACUUCUCGCCAUACAGGGCGGAUGGGAAGCUAUAUGGAUUCGUGUGUGUGGUGACUGGGGCGAACAUGCCUGUGGGAGCCGCCGUUGUCACCGAGUUGGCAGCACACGGCGCAGCCUGCAUUUACGCCUGCACGGCCACGGACGAGCCAUCUGGCCUAGAAGCGUCUCUGCCCAAACUCUACCCGAACACGAAAAUCAUCGACUACCCGUAUUCCAUCUCCUCGGAGCAAGACACACUGAACCUGAUCGACGAAGCCCUCAAUGCCUGGGGCAGGCUGGAUGUUUGGGUGUGUUCUUCGGGUCUACUGGGCCCUCCCUCGAUCGACCAGACCACGCCGACGGAUCUGCAGGCAUGCUUCGAGGCGAAUAGUCUGGCACCGUUCUUCGCGCUGAAAUACGCGCCGCCCGCCAUGCAAAAGACCGCGUCCAAGGGCAACUACCCGAACGCGGCGCCCAAGGAUCGGAAAUACGGUAGUAUCAUUGUCGUCACCAGCACGGCCAGCACGUACGGAGGCUGCUGGGGACCGUGCUAUACGAUGAGCGCCCACGCUGCUUUGGGCGUCGUCCGUGCAGGCGUCGCGGUGCUCAAGGGCACGGGAGUCCGCAUCAAUGCUAUCUCGUCGGGCCAGAUCGAUGUCGGGAUCAGUCUGGACGGGUUCGAUGCGAAGACUAUGUCGAAUAGUGCUCAGUUGCCCCCGGCUGCGCUGCAGAGCCCGACGGCGCAGAAGAAUAAUAUUGGGCUGGAGAGGGCUGGCAGGCCCGCGGAGGUCGGGAGGGUUGCUGGGUUUCUGGCAUCCGGGUUUAGCAGUUACAUCACGGGCGCAAAUAUGGUGGUUGAUGGCGGCGCCAGUGUCAUGUGUCCGCUGAUGGUUCCGAUAUGA